CAUUUCUCCUCCUUCUCGCUCACUUUGUGCUGGAUCCUUGCAUUUUGGAUCCAAGUCGCACGCUCAGCUUCCGCUCACUUCCAGUCGAGUAGCAAGCCAUCUACGACUUCGAUCUCUCGUGAUCCGAACGCAGCUCGACGCUCUCUGCCACAGGAAGUGAAUCCGUGGAAGGACUGGAACCACCUUCGAUCGUAAGCUCUGUUCACUUGGCCUCGCGAUCUCAUCCAAUAUACGACUCUUGGAGCAUGUCUGUAGUCGCUGCAGCUACCACAUCGGCAGCUCUAGCUCGCCAGUCUACGCUACGAUUGUUCGCAGCUCAAUAUGCUGCCUACUUGAGCGGGGAAUCGGUCUCCCUUCUGACUGCGGACACGACCAUCCCACUGCCCGCUCUCGCGAAGGAGGUCGCUGAAAAGUCUUCGAAGGGUGAAGAAGUGCUUGGGGCUAAGGAUGCCGCGAAGGAAAGCCUAGAUUGGCUACAGCGCGCAGAGGCGGGCGAUGAAAAGGUGACAGACUUCCAAUCGCUUGAUGCACAUCUCACCAGCAGGACAUACCUGACGCCCGCUAUCAAGCCCACCGCCGCCGAUCUAGCUGUGCUGUCGUUUGUACACCCUCAUCUGAGCGACGGCAGCUCCUCUGCUGCCAUUCACCACGCCUAUCCGGCCCUAACUCGCUGGGCGUCUCAAGUCUCUCACCUGGCCGGUGGACAGAUUCUACCUCCAUUCGAGCCUCACUUUGAUGGCUUGCCAAAGAUUCAGAGAGUGGACUUGGCAGCUGAAAAAGCCAAGGCUAAAGCGGCAGAGAAGGAGGCCAAGAAGGCAGCUGCUGCUGCCACUGCAAGCUCCAGCGCAGCAGCUCCAGCGGGGCCAGGGGCAAAGGACGGAGGAGCCUCUGCUCCAGCAUCUGGCGCAGCCGCACCACCUGGUGAUGGAUCAGGCAAGAAGGAGAAGCCACCAAAGGAGAAGAAGGAAAAGGCCCCAAAGCCAGCAAAAGCCGCACCCGCACCAGCCGGUUCACCUCAGCCUUCCCAGAUCGACCUUCGCGUAGGCAAGAUCGUCUCCAUCGAGAAGCACCCCGAUGCCGAUUCCCUCUACCUCGAAAAGGUCGACUUUGGAGAGGCAGAGGGUCCUAGACAGGUGCUGAGCGGUCUUGUCAAAUUCGUGCCCAUCGAAGAGAUGCAAGGUCGUUGGGUCGUCGGAAUUUGCAACCUGAAGCCCCAAGCUAUGAGGGGCAUCAAAAGCUACGCUAUGCUACUCUGCGCCAGCAGUAAGAGCGUCGAGGGAGAGGAAAAGGGAGUGGAGCCUGUUGCGCCUCCUGAAGGAAGCUCGCCUGGAGACCGCGUGUGGGUGGAGGGCUACGAAGGAAGGGAUCCGGACGAGCAGCUGAACCCCAAAAAGAAGGUGUUCGAAGCAAUCCAGCCCGACUACACUACGCUUCAAGACAGAUCAGCUGCAUGGGUCGGCGUGGGACCUGCAGACAGCGAGGACAAGGAAUCCAGACCCAGAAUCCUGCGGACAGCCAAGGGUAUCGUCAAGGCACCCAAUUUCAUUGAAGCCACUCUGUCAUGAGGGUUUCAUGUCACGAUGGCUCCGCCGAGACGAUGCUCGAAUCAGGACGGGAGAGCUGCAUGAGCAUGACUGUAGGUAUCAAAUCUGCACGAUGUCCACAAACCCAGCAUUCUCAAAAAUGUGCCAGGAAAGGCGGGAGUCUGCGUCAGGGGGCAAAGCGGAGCGGCACAUCAAAACGAAGAGGGGAGAGAUUGUUCAUCCACUGUGGCGAUUUGGCCUUCGUAAGCCAUCAAUUCUUCUUGCCCUU